CGCGAACGGGGUGUUUGAAGAGCUUCGUCCAUGCUGCCGCGGCCCCGCACUGCCCCUGCGCUGCUGCCCUCCCUGCCCAUCCCGGCGAUGAUGCUGUGCGCAAGCUGUGGGUCGGACAUCCAUGCCGGCCUCUCUUCCUCGCCAUCGCUACCGCCUCUCCCUCCCCCUCCUCCUUCUCCGUCCUUUUGGCUUUUUUCCUCCGCUUCUCUGCGUUCCUCUUUUCGACAUGGGAUGUGCGCGUGGAGGUUGAGGUGUUACCCAGCAGGUCCAGGAUUUGUGCUUCGUUAUUGGAGUCCGAAGGUAGGGCUGCGAUUGUGCGGCAGAUGGUUUAGAUUUGAGGAGGUGCGGUAAGUGUCGAUUCUAUCCAUAGCAGCGACGCGGGAAGGAUCUACUUUUUUUUCUGGAGAAGCGCGGCGUGGUGAGGUUCGAGGGGCAAGAUGAAGGGGUUGUUUAAGGAUCGGAAGCGGACGGCGGCGGAGCUGGUGCGUGUGACCAGGGAGUUACUGCUCUCGUUGAAUGCAUCGCGCGAUCCGAAACGCGAGGAGAAGAUGGUGGAUUUGGCGAAGAAUAUUCGGGAUAUGAAAAUCGUGUUGUAUGGGAAUAGCGAGGCGGAGCCCGUGCCCGAAGCGUGCGCGCAGCUAACGCAGGAGAUGUUUAGGGAGGAUGCAAUGCGUUUGUUAAUACAAUGUUUGCCGAAACUGGAGUUAGAGGUGCGGAAGGAUGUCACGCAAGUGGUGGCUAAUCUGCAGCGGCAACAGGUGCAGUCGCGGCUGAUUGCUGCUGAUUAUUUGGACAGGAAUAAGGACCUUCUCGAUCUCCUUGUUGCGGGGUAUGACAAGCCAGAUUUGGCAUUGCACUAUGGUGCCAUGCUUCGGGAGUGUAUUCGACACCAGAGUAUUGCUCGGUAUGUGUUGGACUCGCAGCAGAACUUAUGCAAGUUCUUCAAGUACAUAGAGUUCCCUAAUUUUGAAGUUGCGUCCGAUGCUGUUGCCACUUUCAAGGAGCUAUUGACGAGGCAUAAGUCUACUGUUGCGGACUACCUGAACAAGAAUUACGACUGGUUUUUCUCUGAAUAUAAUACUAAGCUUUUAGCAUCUCCUAAUUACAUCACGAGAAGGCAAAUGGUGAAGCUGCUCGGAGACAUACUGUUGGAUCGUUCCAAUGUCAACGUGAUGAUGCGGUACGUUAGCUCUAAAGAAAACAUGUGUAUCCUCAUGAAUCUCCUCAAGGACCCCAGCAAGAGCAUUCAGAUAGAAGCCUUUCAUGUUUUCAAGGUAUUUGUGGCCAACGAAAAUAAACCACCUGAAAUUGUAAACAUACUGGUGGCUAAUCGUAGUAAGUUCCUUCGAUUCUUUAGCGACUUCAAGAGUGAGAAAGAAGAUCCGCAAUUUGACCAGGACAAAGCUCAAGUCGUGAAGGAGAUUGCAAGUCUGGAAGCUUAAGGAUCAGGCAUAGUCCGUCCUCCUCUGAGUAUGGCUUUAUAUUUUCCAGCACAGUUUGCGGCUUCUGAAGUCAAGGGUGGGACGCUUGGCUUAUGAUAUGAUCUACCAGAAUGUUUUCUAAUAAGAGAACAUGAGAGGUCUUGCCCAUAAACCUGGUUAUUACUGGUCAUAGAUGGGUAGAAGAGAAUGUGGUGUUGAAGGAGGCCAAGAGGUUAGGUGUCUCCGUCCUUAGGAGAAGUUGAGAAGAUUAAGAAGGAUACCAAUGAUAUGUGACAUCUUCUCAUACCUCAUUAGUGAAGUUUUUUCUUAUCUACACAAAUCGAACGAGCUGUAAUGCAAGUAAAUAAGCAUUCAGGCCGUUUGUAUACCCAGCUCCUGUUGUGGUGGAAACUGGAGCUGAUACACAAGGGAAAUCAUCUGCACUCUUGAGCAAUAAACCCAAACGAAAAUUUACUAUAUCAGGUUGGUUUCUACUCAACACUUCUUUAAAUGAAAUCUAUCACAGUGAA